ACUUAACCCAAUAACGACGCCAAUUAAAAUCCCACUUAGCAGAUUUUUCCUACUUUGACAUGAGUACUUAACUCCUACCGUAUCUCUUCGAUCGGGAGUUUUGCUUCUAAUGAAACACCAUAGUAAAGCAUGCAACACUUCCAAGUGCUCGUAAGAAAACGUAAUCAAAACGUUACUCUGUUUCGCCUCUGUUCUUCCGUCCUCUAGGGUUUUUAGUGUGUGGAUAUCUACGGAAAUGGACGAAAGGAAGUUGUUCAUUGGGGGAAUCGCACAGGAGACGAGCGAAGCGACGUUGAGGGAGUACUUCGGGAACUAUGGUGGAGUGAAGGAAAUCGAGAUUCCCAGAGAUAGAAUCACUGGCAAUGGACGAGGGUUCGGUUUCGUGAAGUUCGAAGAACCAUCUGUCGCUAAAGAAGUCAUUAACGGCGUGCACACCAUCCUCGGGAGAACGGUAGAGGUCAAACACGCGCAACCCAAAUGUGAGAGGUACGAGAAUCAGCAGAUGAAACCUUCGAGUGCUAAAAAGAUUUUCGUUGGGGGUUUACCACCAAGCAUAACUCAAGAAGAAUUCAAGAAUUUCUUUGAGCGUUUCGGUGCAACUACAGAUGUGGUUGUGAUGUGUGACAAGGAAACGAACAAACCCAGGGGCUUUGGGUUUAUCACUUUUGAUUCCAAAGAAGCUGUGGACAAUGUGUUGCAAAGAAGAUUUUAUGAGUUGAAUGAUAAAAAUGUGGAAGUAAAAAGGGCUAAGCCUAAGGACAUGAAUAGCAGGCAUAUAUGCAUUAACAAAUGUAAUAAUACAGCCCUAGGUUGUGAGAUAUCGUCAGGUAGCUUUGGGCGUCAUUUCCCUUAUGGAGUUAACUCCCCCUACGGGGAAGGUUUUCCUAAUUUGAGCCCAAUAGUGUAUCAAUAUCUUGUAUUUUAUCCUCCAUACAUGAACGCCAACAUGAAUGGUUGGGAUAAUGAGCAAAUGGGUGCGACUUAUGGUAAUGGUACAUAUGAAGGAAGUGUAAUGCAAACUGUUAACGGUGGGGAUUAUGCCAACGGGUGGCCUAGUGGGCCAGUAGCGGCUAGUGGGGUAGUGAAUUCGAGCGAUGGUGGUGGUAAUGGACAAGGAAGUGAAAUGGCCGCCAACAAUGUUAGCUCAAAUGAGAAGGAAAGUGGUGGUGAUACUGAGCUUCCAACACGUAUGAUCUUGGUGCCUAUCCAACCUCAAGCAGAUGAUGCAUUGUGUUCUCCAAGCAGUGAUGUAGAGCAUCAGAUGGAAGCUCCGAAUUGCCAGCCAACUCCUUGCGAGUCUAGUUGACUCGUUCUGUACAUUAGUUAAGAGAUUCAGGUUUGGCUUUUGUGCUUCUGGAUCUGAACUCAGAUAUUCCACAGUUUAUGAAGUUUGGUUGGACCCAGCAGAGGUAAACACUAAUAUCCACAGCAUCCAGAGACGGACUUCAAGAUUUAACACUCAAUACCUAAAUUCAUUUCAAGGACUUGAUUUUUUUUUUUUUGGGAUGCUUAGCACGGUUUUGAUGAAUAAGCGUUUUUUUUU